AUGUUGUCUUCUCGAGUAAUUGCUUUAAUAUUUUUCUUAUUUUGUGCCUGUGAUAUAUUUUCGCACGACAACGUAAAUAAUUUGGAAGGAAAAAGUGCUCCUGAGCCUUCAAAUGAAAGCCAAUUAAUAUUUGCGCAUGUUCUCUAUCGUCAUGGUCAGCGAAAUACUAACAGUUAUCCUGACCUUUAUCCAAAUGACCCAUAUAUUAAUGAGUCUCAUUGGCCUGGUGGAUUCGGAGCACUCACAAAUGAAGAUUGCUGCGGCUUUUUGCAAAUGGAUUUGCCAUUUUUCACCGCCUUCCCAUCAUCAUUUUUCCGACGCUGGAUGAAUGUACAUUUUCACUGGUGCCACGCUCCCAUCUGUUCUCAAUCUAUUUUCAAGACAUAA